AUGGCUGCUAUACCAUGGGAACUCAAGGCACCAAAGAUUAUUGGAGUGAAGUUGACUGGAAGAUUGAAUGAAUGGACCAGCCCAAAAGAUGUUAUCCUGCAUCUUGUUGGUAAACUAACCGUUCGUGGUGGUACUGGCCAUAUUAUUGAAUAUUUUGGACCGGGAGUAGACACUCUUUCGUGCACCGGAAUGGCUACUAUUUGUAAUAUGGGAGCAGAGGUAGGUGCCACCACGUCUCUCUUCCCAUUUACUGAAAGCAUGUACAGAUAUUUAUCUGUCACUCGACGUGAACCUGUUGCCAAAGCUGCUGCUUCCAACCGAUACUAUCUUUCAGCAGAUUUACAUGCACAAUAUGAUCAAAUAGUAGAGAUUGAUUUAUCCGAGAUUGAGCCUCAUAUCAAUGGUCCAUUCACCCCAGAUUUAUCGACGCCACUAAGUAAAUUUGCAAGUCUUGUCAAAGAGAAGGGAUGGAAGGACGAGAUUAAAGUUGGAUUAAUUGGUAGCUGUACCAACAGUAGUUAUGAAGAUAUGGAUCGAGUCACAAGCAUUGCUAAACAGGCAUUGAAGAAAGGGAUUAAGCCAAAAGCUGGCUUUUAUAUCACACCGGGGAGCGAGCAAGUAAGGGCGACUAUCGAGAGAGAUGGACAAAUAAGCGUACUUGAGCAAGUCGAUGGGAAGGUGCUUGCUAAUGCCUGUGGACCAUGUAUCGGACAGUGGAAACGGUCAGAUAUCUCAACAGAUGAGGAGAAUGCAAUCCUAACCUCGUUUAAUCGUAAUUUCCGGAGUCGCAAUGACGGGAAUGCGAAGACAAUGAACUUCUUAGCUUCACCUGAGCUAGUAACAGCAAUGACAUUUUCUGGGAAAUUAACAUUUAACCCAAUGGUGGACACACUAGUGGAUAAAGAUGGGAACCCAUUCAAAUUCAGUAGUCCAUAUGGGGAUGAAUUACCUUCAGAUGGAUUUGAUGCUGGCAACCCCGAUUAUCAUGCUCCACCAGUAUCAUAUCCAAACUCUACAACAGAAAUCAAGAUUCCUGCAACAUCAUCUCGUCUUCAACUCCUCACGCCAUUUCCACCAUUUCCUGGCCACGAAUUUAAAUCGCUCAGAGUUCUAGUUAAAGUGAGCGGGAAAUGCACCACUGAUCAUAUAUCAGCUGCUGGCCCGUGGUUAAAAUAUAAAGGCCAUUUGGAAAACAUAUCUAAUAAUACGCUUAUUGGAGCUGUUAAUGAUGACAACGGGAAAGUAAACGUUGUCAAGAAUGUAUUGACUGGUGAGGAUGGAAGUAUCCCUGAUGUUGCGCGACAUUAUAAAGAAAAUAACGUUGCUUGGAUUGUAAUUGCUGACCACAACUACGGCGAAGGCUCCGCACGCGAACAUGCAGCGUUGCAAGUUCGCUAUCUCGGUUGUCCUUUAAUUAUUGCACGUUCGUUUGCACGCAUUCACGAGACUAAUCUCAAAAAACAAGGCGUCCUUCCUCUAGUAUUUGCUAAUGAAGACGAUUAUACCUUCUUCAAUGGGGGUGAUUUAGUGGAUACUGUAGGUGUAGUUGGAAUUGAGCCUGGUAAGGAUGUUAUUGUGAAGCUUACCAAGGCAGACGGAAGUGUUAAAGAAAUCAAGACACAUCAUACCAUGUCAAAGGAUCAGAUUGAAUGGUUCACGAGUGGAAGUGCAUUGAACCGUAUAGCUUCUAGUACAAUAGGGAAUAUUUAA